AUCGAUCUCUGCUGCUCCUUCCACUGUCCUUCUCGUCUCCCUUGUUGUCACCCUUCGCUGUGCUAUAACAAUGUCUGUCGAUCUUGCUCAACUCGAGGCGCACCUUGCCAGCCGCUCUUACGUCGAGGGGCACACGCCCUCGCAGGCGGACGUCCACGUUUUCAAGGCGCUCGGGUCAGCUCCGGAUGCGACGGCGUACCCGCAUACGGCGCGCUGGUACACGCACAUCAAGUCAUACGAGUCUGAGUUUAGCUCGCUCGAGGGGUCUAGCAAGGCCGGCGAAGCGUUCGUCGGCGGUGCUGCUGCCCCCGCGGCUGCCGCGGAGGAGGAUGAGGAUGUUGACCUCUUCGGCUCGGACGAGGAGGAGGAUGCGGAGGCCGAGCGUGUCAAGGCCGAGCGUGUUGCUGCUUACAACGCGAAGAAGGCUAACAAGCCCAAGACUGUUGCCAAGUCCGUCGUGACGCUCGAAGUGAAGCCUUGGGAUGAUGAGACCGACAUGGAGGCACUAGAGAAGGCCGUGCGUUCCAUUGAACAGCCCGGCCUUGUCUGGGGUGCUAGCAAGCUUGUCCCGAUUGGGUACGGGAUUAGGAAGCUGCAGAUGACUCUCGUCGUCGAGGAUGAGCUUGUAUCACUGGAUGAACUGCAGGAGAAGAUCCAGGAGUUUGAUGACUAUGUGCAGAGCACCGACAUCGCCGCUAUGCAAAAGCUCUAAGGGCUUGCUCGCCGUCCUGGCCGCAUCCCCGUCUACUCAAGCUGUACCGGAUUCCUCAUAUGGGUAGGGUUUUGUGGUGGUGUUGUAUGAAUCACAUCUAGAAUGCAGUUUAGUAAAGUGUAACACCAAAAUUUGAAUAGGCAGUCGGUGCGAAUGUCAUUCGGAUGCUUUCCUCGAGCUUUC